UCCCCCUUUACCAUAAUCCUCGUUUAUAAUUCUAAUUAUCACUAUGCUAAAAACAGUCACUCUCAUCGCCCUCCUCGUCUCGGACUCCGCAGCCUCCGCCAUCCAUGGGGCGUCUCUCGUCCAAAAGGGAGCUGACGCCACAUUCGAUGCCACAAUUUUGGGCAUCGUUGAUCCCGCGCACAGAUGCGAAAAUGGUGUCGGACUUCCUCAACAGCUCCGUAUUUCUGAUUGUGAGGGAAGAUGCCAAUUCAACCCUGGACAGAUAUAUAACUGCGAGUUGGACUUUUUAUCAGGCGGCUCAGAAACCCAUUCACUCACCUUGCAGAUCGAGAUUUGCAUGAUCGAAUCAGUAUCCUGCACGGUCAUCUUGAACGUUGAGCUACCAAAUUCGCCUGUUCAGCCAGGAUUUAUGUACACAGUGAAAUAUUCAAUUACUCCAGACGAAGUCUUGUCCGGGCAGGCUGUCGAGUUUUAUACGAGAUUAUUUAACACGAAGUUCGACAUUUUGCAAGUUUGCGUUACGGCAGAAAUCGACAUCUUGUAGAGAAUUGGAACACGAAAUUAGACGCGAGUGUGACUACUACUAAUAAACUAACUAAUAAGCUAACUAAUAAAAUGUAUGUAUUUACGUACGAAAUAUCUGUA